AUGGUCUCGGUGUCAUUGGCUGUUCUCAAUGAAAAUCUCCGCACAUUAACGAAAGUUUCAUCCAACGUCUGCAUUUGCACAGCUCCAGAGGUUUUGCCCUACAAAUUAGCAGCAAAGUCGCUCAAUCCAGCAUAUGGUCUUACUAAGCGUCAAGCCGGCUAUCAACCUUCUCAAACUUUCUGCAGUGGUACCGGCACUUGCGCAAAGGCAUGCGGAACGGGUUAUGAGACCUGUGCUUCGACUGACGGAGAUCUUCAUUGUUUUAAUCCUACUGCAAAGGAGACUUGUUGCCCAACUGGAACUGGUGACUCUUGCUCCGAAGGCUACUACUGCACGCAAGCUACUGAUAUCACUGUUUGGUGCUGCCCAAAUGGUAUGGAUCUUACCGCUUGCGCGGCUAUCUACUCUUUAACCGGCGUCCUUCAGUCCGUCGCACCCUCAUCCGUCGCGUUUGCCACUGGCUCAGCCAUCCCAACCAUACUUGCAAGUCCUACAACAAGUGAUACUCUUAGUUCUCCGGUUUCCACAACCACUACUACGCCACCGGUAGGAUCGCAUGGCGCCACGAAGACGGGCGGAGGGAGCAAUGGAACCUUUACGGGAAGUACUACGACAACGGCUUCUCCACCGGCAUUUACAGGUAUGGCGGCCUCGGCAUAUAUCCUAAAUGACUUUCAAGAUAAGACUUUGAGGGAAAAGGCACCUACCUAG